AUGAACCUGAGGAACACUCUGGAAUCCAAUCAGGAUUCCAAUCAGAGAAGACUCAGGAUGAGUGUUCACAACCCUCCCAGACUUGUGACCUUGGCAGCAAUUGGCCUGCUGAGAGACGAGCCCUCAGCCAUCUCCGCUUUGGAGUGUCUGCCCAGAGAGCUCUACCCGCCAGUCUUCAUGGCUGCCGUCUUUGGCCGACGCAGGGAGACCCUGAAGGCCAUGGUGCCUGCCUGGCCCUUUGCCUGCCUGCCUCUCGGGGGCCUGAUGCAAAAGCCCCACCAAGGAACCUUACAAGCAGUGCUGGAUGGCCUUGAUGUCCUGCUUGCCCAGAAGGUUCACCCCAGGAGGUGCAAGCUGCGAGUGCUGGACUUAAGGAAUACCGGCCAGGACUUCUGGAACAUGUGGUCUGGAGGCAAGGACCACAUGCCCUCAAGCUCACUGCUGGCCCCAGUGGCUGAGGACAUGUCCAGGAUAAGGCACGCCUUGACUCCCUUAGAAGUGUACAUAGAACUUUGUCUUGAGAAAAAGCCCCUGGAGAAAUUCCUCACCUACCUCUUCAGGUGGGUGGAGCAACGAAAAGCCUCCAUACACCUGUGCUGUAAGAAGAUGAAGAUUAUUUCAAUGUCCAAGGAAAAUAUGAAGGAAGUUCUCAGGAUGGUGAAGCUGGGCUGUGUACAGAAGGUGAAACUGAGUUUCACCCAGAAGCUGUCGACCCUGGCCCAGUUUGCUCCUCUCCUGGGUCAGAUGAGCAACGUUCAGAGUCUCAUUUUCUCCCACAUUCGUGGGUCUGCUGUUGAGGAGCAGGACCAUCAGGAUCUUCUGCAAUUGACCUCUCAGAUCCUCCAGCUGAGGGACCUCCGGGACCUCCGUAUGGAAGCUCCAUCUUUCCUUGAAGGCUGUCUGUACCACAUGCUCAGGUGCUUGAAGACCCCCUUGGACAACAUCUCAAUCACCAACUGCCUGCUUACAGAAUCAGACCUGACCCAUCUGUCUUGGUGUCCAAAACUCUGUCAGCUGAAGGGCCUGAAUCUUAGUGGUGUUACCCUGACAGACUUUAGUCCCGAGCUCCUUCUAGUUCUGCUGGAGAAAGUUGCAGGCACUCUGGAAGAACUGGACUUAAAUCUGUGUGGGAUCACGGACAUCCACCUCAUGGCCUUUUUGCCUGCCCUGAGCCGCUGCUCCCAGCUCAGGAGCCUCAGCAUGUGUGGAAACCUCAUCUCCAUGGCCAUCCUGGAGAGUCUCCUGCGUCACACUGACAGGCUCCCCGAUUUAAGUUUAGAGCUUUAUCCGGCCCCUCAGGAGAGUUACAGCUCUCUGGGUGUCCUUCACUUGGAGAGACUUGCUCAGAUAAAGGCUGAGCUGAGGGUGAUCCUUACAGACUUAGAACGUCCCAGGAAGAUCUGGACUGCUUUGUUUCGGCUCCGCUGGGUCUUCCCUGCUGCAGGCUUCCUCGAGCUGCGGUGCACACGGCUGCCCCUCCUCGCGGUGCCCGGGCCUCCGCUGCGGUGCGUCUCUCGUUCUGGAGCACAGGCUCCAGCCCACAGGCUGAACAGCUGCCACCCGUGGGUUCAGCAGUUGCCGCUCACGGGCUUAGUUACCCUGCGGCGUGAGACGUAUUCCUGGGCCAGGGUUGAACUGGCAUCCCCUGCAUUGUAA